AUUGCCUUGCCGACCGGCCAAAGAGUAUAAUAAGUAUAGGGGAUCGACCGGCUAUCAAUCGCAGAUUCGCAGCCGUUUAUCGUACAAAAAAAUCUAAAUUAAUUAAAAUGUCGAGUUUACACGAAGCGUUGAAGCCCAUAUCUUGGCUGGCAGGAACCUGGUCUACUGAAGAAGGCCAAGGCUCAUACCCUAACAUACCGAGUUUCCAAUAUGAAGAGGAAUUGGAAUUUGUUUGCAUUGGUCAACCAAUGUUCAACUAUAUAUCUACAUCAAAACACCUUGAAAAGAAGACUCCAAUGCACCAAGAAAGAGGUUUCCUGCGCAUUAAACCAGGCACUAAUGAGCUAGCUUUUAUAGUCAGCCAUAAUAUGGGCCUCACAUCUUUAGAAGAAGGCAAAUAUCAUGAAGAGACUCAACAAAUUACUCUGGAAACCGUUGGACUAACUCGUAUGUCUUUUUCUAAACCACCCUUUGUAAAGAAAAUGAAACGAACCUUCACACUAUUAAGUCCUGACUCUCUAGAAGUUGUAUUGUAUAUGGAGACGGACACGACUCCAUUGACACAGCAUUUGAAAGCUGUAUAUAAGAAGGUGGAAAAGUAAGUUGUAAACCUAUCUUUCAUAUUUUCAAAAGACGUUUAAAGGCUCAUGAGAUUUUUUUGUUAUGUUCUGAAGUUUUUAACCAUAUUUUAUUAAUAUAUAGUAGAGAUGCACCGAAUAUUCGGUUACUAUCCGGUAUCCGGCUUAUCUUGCCGUUAUUUACUAUCCGGCCGGAUACCGGAUAAUGAACUUGGUAGAUUUUAUUAAUGAUAUCUAAAUAAGAUACAGUUGUAAUUGAAUCUUUUUAUUAUUUUAAACAAUUUUAACUUCUUAUAAUAACAAGUCAAAGCCUGCACGGCAACCGGCAUGCCAGCUGAAUAUUCGGCCUGACCACUGAAUAUUCGGUAUCCAGUAUUCGGUCAAACAACUAUUCAUUGCAUCUCUAAUAUACAGAUCUCUUUAUUUCUUCUUAUUGUAAGGUCGAGUUUAUUUCAUCGACAUGUUUAUGACUGGGGACUAAUUGCCUGCCCCAAGUCAACCAAACAAUCAAAGUCCUAAACACGGUAACAUUUUGAAGUGAAAAUAAACUCAUACUAGGCACUCUAUUGUCAAUUGUUAUGCAUACUUCUGGUUAUAAUUUAAAAGAGAUUACAAACCAACUUUCAUGUAUGACUUUGGUUGGGCUGUAAUAUGCUAAUUUAUUUGGUGCAAUUAUCUUUAUUCUAAGUGAAACAUAGUGAGAUUUUUAUAAUACUUUGUUAUUUCGUUGAAAUUAUUUUACCCUAUAAAUUAAUUAUAAAAAAAACUUGGUAUUUAUUAUGAAAGCUAUGGAUAAAAAGCCUAAAAUAUUGAUGAGAAUAAUAUAAAAAUUGUAAUAAACAUAACAAGAAAUACGUAAAAAAUGUUUUAUUAGGUCAACCUGUAACAAACUAUGAAUGUAAUCAAAUCUAAGAAUCUGAAUUAGUGUGUAAUUUUUGUAUACCUUUAAAUUGUUGUAUCAUCAUGAAACUUGGCAAUUGUAUGAAGAUUAAAUGACAAUACAAUAUUAUGGUACCAUUAAGCUGGUCUGGAAUUGGAAGGUCGCUGAUGAAACUGGACUUCUUAAUAGUAAACAUAAUGAGUUUGGGCUCAUUGGCUAUGUUCAUUUCUUCUGAUGAUGAAGACAAUGAUAUUACGUAUAUUAUAAUAUAAGUAAAACUGAAAUUACUAACCCAUUAGCUGCUGUGAAAAAUCUUGUAUAUAAGCAUUGUUAUUUUACUCGAAUAGCCGGGCCGGUUUCUCAAUCAUCCGUUUAUUUUUAUCUGUAGAAUACAAUUUUAUUGACAGUUUUUUUUAGUAUGGAAGAAUUAUUGUCAAAUCUGGCUUUGGAAAAAUCGGCCCUAAGCCCCCUUUUUUUAAAGAGGGAAGGGUCUAUUUUUGAAUCAGUUAAUUCUUAACUAUAGAAAAAAUUGACAGUUGACAGUUUUCAGUACCGUAAAACGGGGUGAAUAGAAUUCGA